AUGCGCUCGCGGCUCCUCCCGCUGUUGCUCCUGCUCGCCGUGACUCGCGGCUCCUCGGCUCUCUCCGCUCUGCCGCCGCUCGAGCGUCGUCGCGCGGAUCUCGCCUCCAUCAGUCUCGAGUGGCUCGUGCAGCGGCCGGCGGGCAGCGAGCCGCCGAGCUCGCCUCCGGUGCUAUUUGUGCAUGGCAGCUUUCACGGCGCGUGGUGCUGGGAGCGCUGGAUGGGCCGCUUCGCCGCCUCGCUUGGCUGCGAGUGCCACGCCGUCUCGCUGCGCGGCACCAGCGGCUCUCCCACCGGCAACUGCCGCCAGCGCUCCGUCAAGAUUGAGGAGCACGUGUCUGACCUCGCCGCCUUUGUCGACGGCCCUCUCGCCGCGUCGUCGGCCGGCCCGCCCGUCCUGGUCGGCCACUCCUUUGGCGGCGCCUCGGUCCUCAAGUACCUCGAGGCUGGCCACGCCGCCUCGGCCGCCGUCCUGCUCUGCUCUGUCCCGCCGUCGGGCAACAGUGCGAUGACGCUGCGCUUCGUCCGCCGCUCGCCGGCGGCCGCGUGGCUCCUCGUGCGCGGCUUCGCCUUCAAGGAGGCUGCGCGCUCCUCCUCGGUGGCGAGGCGGCUCUUCUUCGACGACGAGAUGGGCGAGGAGGAGGUGGAGGCGCACGUGGCCCGCUUCGCCGCCGACUCGAGGUGCGGCAUCAACCUCUCCGACUUCAACAAGGCGCUGCCGUCGCGCCAGGCGGACGCGGUCGGCCGGGCAACGUGGCUCGCCACGGCCCCGCCUGCACUGGUGAUCGGCGCCGAGGCGGACGGGGUGGUGGACGCGGAGGGCGUGGAGGAGACGGCGGCCUUCCUGGGCACGAGGGCGCGCGUGCUGCGAGGCGCGCCGCACGAUAUCAUGCUGGCGGCCGGGUGGGAGGCGGCCGCCGACGAGGUGGUGCAGUGGGUGGACGGCCAAGAACUUGCCAGAAGCUCGCCGCAUGCGGCAAGAGGAUAG